UCUUCUGCUGAGGCACUGAACUCUGUUGCUCUGUUUGUUGUCUCUGAUCACGUGUGACUCUUAAGUCCAUGGGGUUUUUUUUGGCGAUGCUGUACAAGGUGGUGUGUACCUCAUGUGAAUGUACUGCAGCUUCUCAGGGAGAAGCACCAGGGAAAAUAUAACUAUCUCUGCAGGAGGCAGUGGUGGUGAAGAGUAAGAUGAGGAAGGAAAGCAACUGGCAUAAUUUUGUCUCAUGUAGCUCUUUAAUACAGCCUGUAUUUGAGGUGAUGCUGCUGUUCAAAUUCAUCAAGCCUUCAUCUCUGUGGGGAGUGGUGCCUCUGUCCUGACCCUUCAAAAUCCUUGGAGCUAUGGUCUCUGCAUAGCACCAGGCUUAACGUUUUUACAGGUGUUUAUUUCCUUCUCUCCCUUUCUCAACUUUCCCCUGCUCUGGUUCUGGGUUAGAAUAAAAACCUGUGCAAUUCUCAUGCCAGACAGCCUGGGAGUACUCUAGCGGUACUAUGUGAUUGCUGGCUUUUUUUCCAGAGGAAACAUACCUGACUGUGAGCGAUAUUCUGAUUGUUCUCAAAGUGAGACAUUUCAGAAUUUGACCUAAUCUUGGAAUAGGGUCUGUUUGCUUUGACCAGAGAUUUCCACAGCAGUGACGUUAUAGAAGCCUGGCUGUCUGUCCUUUUAUACAGGCAAUUGGUGGGACCUGUGCAGCUGAUGAUACAAUAUACUCCCACACUGAAGCAGAUCCACGAGGUGAAGGAAAGUAGUGUUUAACAAAACUGAUUGAUUACUUUCUUAUGAUAGCUAAUUGUUAUUUUAGACUUACCUCCCCUCUAGCUGUGGUACUGCAAAUAGAUUUUAAUACCGUCUCUGUGUUCAUCCAUCAUAAUGAGAAUUAUCUUUCACGGAUGGUUAUGUGCGUGGAAAUUUGUCUGCAUAUAUUGAUUGUUAAUGAAUCAGCUUAACGACUUCUAUACAGAAGACAAGAAAGUAGCUGGAAAAACCUGGCAGUGGAAGAUGUACUUGGGCACAACACAGGCCACCUGCUCGUUGAUCUCAAGUGUUUAUAUAUUUAAUUAUAGAUUCUCAGCGCUGUGGGACAUGUUGCAGCUGUCUUCAUUCUGACUGAAUGGUCUUUCCCUCAUCUCUACGGUGGUUUUGAAGAUACUGGACGAGACUGCAACAUUCUUGGAGCAUUGGUUGGAGAACAUGGGAUCUGGUAGUUCUGGAAAUGCCAACUACAAGUACUCCCUGCAGAAGUCUGAAAAUGCUUUCAAGGCAGCUGUCUUGAUCCAGCAGUGGUAUCGGCGCUAUGUUGCUCGCCUGGAAAUGCGCCGACGUUGCACCUGGAGAAUCUUUCAAUCAAUAGAGUAUGCUUGUGAGCAGGAUCAGAUCAAGCUUCACAACUUCUUCACUUACCUCAUGGAUCACUUCACACCAAGCAGCAGCAAAGAGAGGGAUUUUAUCAGUCGCAUGUUCAUUAGUGGGGAAAGCUUCAAAGAGGCAGAGCUGGAAAAGUACUGUGACUAUGAAUCCAUAGAGGUGCCAGACUCCUACACCGGACCCCAUCUCUCUUUCCCGCUCCUUCCUGACCAUGCAACUGCCUUGCUGGACGCGUUCAAACAGAAACAACAGCUCCAUGCUCGCUAUGUCUUAAACCUCCUGCAUGAGACCAGGAAGCACCUCAAGCAGUUGCCAAACAUCAGCCAUGUCUCCACAUGCUACAGCGAGGAGGUCACCGUGUGUGGAGACCUGCAUGGCCAGCUGGAUGACUUGUUCCUCAUAUUUUAUAAGAAUGGCCUUCCUUCCCCUUCUAAGUCCUAUGUGUUCAACGGGGACUUUGUAGACAGAGGCAAACAGUCCCUUGAGAUCCUCAUCAUCCUCUUUACCUUCCUCUUGAUCUAUCCAAAGGAGGUUCACCUCAACCGUGGGAACCAUGAGGACCACAUGGUCAACUUACGCUAUGGUUUCACCAAGGAAGUAAUGCAUAAAUACAAGGUGCAUGGGAAGAAAAUCUUGAAGAUGAUUCAGAACGUCUUUUGCUGGCUCCCCCUUGCCACCCUGAUUGAUCAGAAAGUCCUCAUUAUACAUGGGGGCAUCUCUGACACCACUGACCUGGAUGUGCUUGAGAAAAUUCAAAGGAACAAAUUUGUUUCUGUAUUGAGAGGGAAGAAAAGAAAGAAGUCAAACAGAAAUGUGGAAAUACAGGAAACAAACGAGGAGAGCAAAGCAGAGGCUGACCCAGCAGGGAAUGAGGCAGCUCACAGUUUACCUCCCUCACCCCAACCAGCCCAGGCUCCCGGAACGGCCAACAGGCAGGAGUUCUCCAGGUGGGUCCGGAAGACGGUGCAGGAGCAAAUUGAGUGGUGCCGCCGGCUGGUGGACAUCAGUGAGUCAGAAGAGGAGGAGCUCACCUACGCCAGCAUGAUCUCCUUGACAGAUUUGGAUGGGCUGUGCCAGACUCGCCAGGAGGACUGGAAGCAGAUCUUAGACAUUCUCUGGAGUGACCCCAUGCCUCAGGAAGGCUGCAUAGUAAAUACGGUGCGAGGUGGUGGCUGCUACUUUGGGCCUGAUGUGACAAGGAAGAUCCUUGAGAAAUACAACUUGCAGUUCCUCAUCCGCUCCCACGAGUGCAAGCAAGAAGGCUACGAGUUCUGUCACAACCGGAAGGUGCUGACCAUAUUUUCAGCCUCAAACUACUAUGAGAUUGGCAGCAACAGGGGAGCUUACGUGAAGCUGGGGCCAGACCUCGUCCCCCAUUUUGUUCAGUACCAAGCCAACAAGGCAGCCCAUACUCUCACUAUGACCCAAAGGAUCAGCAGAGUAGAGGAGUCAGCCUUUCGAGCCCUGCGGGAAAAGCUGUUUGCUCACACUUCAGCCCUCAUCAGCACGUUCAAGGCCUAUGAUACGGACAAUACGGGAAGGAUCACGCUGAGCAACUGGGCAACAGCAGUGGAGUCAGUCUUGCACUUGGGAUUGCCCUGGCGAAUGCUGAGGCCACAGCUGGUGCGCAGCACUGCAGAUGGCAUGCUGGAAUACAAGUCCUGGCUGGACGACUUGGCCAUGGAGCGGCGGAGCCAAGAGCACAUCCAGACAAGCUUGCUGGAAGUCAUUUAUCGAAACAGAUCCAACCUGGAGACUAUAUUCAGGAUCAUUGACAGAGACCAUUCAGGUCUCAUCUCAUUUGAGGAAUUCCACCAAACCUGGAAGCUGUUCAGCUCCCACAUGAACAUUGAACUCACGGAUGAUGGCAUCGACGACUUACUUCGCAGCAUUGAUUUCAAUAAGGAUGGAAACAUUGACUUCAAUGAGUUCCUAGAAGCCUUCCGCCUUGUCAAACAGUCACAGUAAUGAGAACCUGGUGUGGGUUGCCACCUUCAAUGCCUUGACUGCCCAUGAAGCCAGGACUGCCCCCCACCUAACCGCAGAGCGUGCCUGCAAAUGUGAAGUGGAGAAAGGCAAGGCAGAUACCUGGAGCACUUCGUGAUUGAAAACAGUCACUGCUAUAGCCAACAACAGUGAUCCAUUCUGGAAAGGGAACAGGUAAAAGAUAAGCUGCACUUCAAAUCUGGCCAUUUUUAAGGAGGAGCUGUUUCAAGUAGAGCUUCCUGCUCAAAGGGAAGGUGGAACUUAGCUUAUCUUGUCAAUACAUGUGAUGAAAUGUUACAGGUCUACUUCCAGUGUAGUAAGAUGAAAGUAUUUAUUGUAUGUAGUGUUUUAAGCUGGUAGCAACUGCUAGAGCACAACUUCCCAUUUAAUAAACAUUUUUUUCUACA